AUCUCAACAAAAUAUCGAGAAGACGAUUUGUGUUCAAUGUACGAAUGUAGUGUUUCAAAGAUCCAUAAUUAGAGUUAAAGGUUUUUAUUCAAGUUUUUGUGAUAUUUAUAAGUGGUAAUAAAAUAUAAGAAGUGUUAAAAGUAUGAAUUUGUUAGUACUUUGAAAGUGAACAAACACACUGAUUUCUCGAAAGUUACAACUCUACGUAUAUGUCAAUUCCAAGAAAUUUGGUAUUUUCAGAAAUGGUGCAUCAUAGAACAAUUUGAAAAACCCCAAAAUAAAUAACUAUGUAUAUAAUGUACGUAGGAACAUUGUUGUUAAUUUUAAUUGUUACUAAAAUUGAAGCUAUUCGUGAGAAAGGUCAUGAUAAACAAAAUCAUCCCACCGGAUGUUUUAGUCUAGGAAAUUACGGCUACACUCUCCCUGCGGGCGAUGUAAUAUUACGUUAUGGAGAGCCAUUAAAUCUUACAUGUACUUUGUUCAACAGUACAAUAGAACGAUGGCGGAAAAAUAAUGGAUAUGAGUUAUCAAGCGCUGAUUUAUAUUUUUAUCGAAAUUACAAAAAUAUAUACCCUAAUAAUGAAUAUGAUCUAAACAACAAAAGGGCGGAAAAGGUUGAAAUUAUAAAUGAAACUAGUAUUCGUCUUUAUAUUGAAAAGCCUGAUUUGGCUGAAAGAGAUGUAAUUUUCUGCCAUUUCAAUGAUUCUGUUCCGAAACAGUAUUCAGUGUGUACGAAUGUUGUGGCAGUUGGAGUACCACCUCAAAAAGUCACAGAUUUUUCAUGUAUGGCAAUAAACUUUGAAAAACUUAUUUGUACGUGGACGGCUCCAGAAAAUUACGUGAGAACUCAAUACGAGGUUCGGUACAAAUUCAAAUCAAACCAUACAACAGAUCAUAACAAGAACAAUCUGCAGAGGCACCAUCACAAAAAAAAAUCUGCUUUGUUAACAAGUUUUGUAUGUCCCUCCAACACAACAGAUGAUUCCAUUAUUUCGAAUAUGAGUUGUGAGUUGUCUUUGUAUACAACCCCUCAAUAUCGGCAGUCUAAACGUCAUUAUACAUUCAAGCUUCGAGCAAAUAACACUUUUGGAGAAAUCGAACAAGUGUACGAAUUUGACCAUUAUAAACGUAUGCGUCCUCAUCCAGUAGAAAAUUUGCGUGCUCAAGCCACUUCUCCUCAUUCUAUUCUAUUGACAUGGAUGUACACCGCAAAAGUAGAUGCGUUUCCAGAACGUGUAGAAGGAAAAAUUUUGUACAAAUGUGAAUUCUGUAACGACUCUUGGGUUUUGGAUAAUAAUACUUUCGUAUCAGAAACUUUCAAGAAGAAAAUUACCAGAUACGAGCUAAAAAAUUUGCGAUACGCCCAUGCUUUAUACGAUAUACGAGUCAGUAUAAAACCAAUAGAAGCCGAUGAAGAUAUGUGGUCUAAUUACACCGUUGUAACUAAAAGAACUGAAAGUAAAGUACCCGACCGUUCCCCUUCAGUAACCCAAGGAUCCUUCCAAGUGAUCAAUCUUAAUAAUGAAUAUAACAGGGACGUUUACGUUUACUUCCAAUCCUUGAAGGAAUCUGAACAAAAUGGUCAAAAUUUUACCUACGAGGUUGAUAUUAAACCCAAUGCAACUAUGGUGGAAUUAACAAAAACGUUCGUUAAAUUUGAGAAGCUUCAUGAAGAUCAGGAGUACGUUGUUCGGGUUUGGUCCAAGAAUGAAAUUGGUAGAUCCUACUGGCCCUCCAGAGUAGUCAUUCCAAAGAAUUCUAUACCUGAGCCUUCUCAAUUGAUCAAAAUUGGUCAUGGUUAUAACUCGUACAAAUUACAAUGGGAGGCACCGAAAGUCAACCAACCUAUAACUAAUUAUACAUUGUUUUGGUGUAUGAAUGACAGAGAUAGGCCCUACCAGUGCACAGGCUAUCUCAAUUGGACUAUAGUAUCAAAUGCAACCCGUCAAUUUGAAACAACAUUGACCAAUGAUACUUAUCAAUUUGCAAUAGCUGCGAAUACAGAAAAUGGUAGUAGUGGUAUGAGAUGGGCGGAAUGCACAGUUCUGAACAACGGAACACUCGGUAAAAUAAGAAAUAUUUGGAUAAAUAGCGUCGGACCAAACUUCAUCGAAUUGAGAUGGAAAUUGGAUUGCUCAGAUAUCAUAAGUGAGGUUAUAGGUUAUGUAAUAUACUAUUGUAAAACCCCCGAUCGGAUUCUACCAGAAACGGGAUGUGGUAAAGAUGAAAUAAAAAAUUUCACCGUACCUGGCGACUUGAAACUCCAAUCAGCCACGUUACCUAAUCUUGAACCCUACACUUCAUAUGAAUUAGCUUUAAGCAUAAAAAGUACUAAUUCUCUUAGUCCACGCAGUUUAUUUAUACGGAAUGUAACCUCGGAUAGCGCACCAUCAACGCCUCCUAAAAUCACAAACAUAACAGUUACUAACGCUUCUAUUAGUCUGGAAUGGACACCUCCAGAAAAAGCGAAUGGUCGUAUCAUCAAGUAUGUGAUAUAUUACAACGAUAACAAACUUGAGACAAAACCCGAUACCAAAAAAACUAUUGAAGGUUUGGAAAGCUACAAGAAUUACACAAUAAGCAUGAAGGCGUGCAAUCAGUUCUGUUCAAAUGAAACCAUUAAACGUACAGUAACUACUAGAAUGGGAACUCCAGCCAAAAUAGGCAGACCAUUUGUACUUCCAACUAAUGACAGUUCUGGUACUAUGAAUAAUAUUAUUAGUUGGGAUAAACCGAAUCCCCCUAGAGGUGAAUUGGACUACUAUCAAUUGAAAAUUACGGGCACCAAUAUAGAUUCAGAAGAAAUAACCAAUUUCACUAAUGCAGACAAUUAUACAAUUCAAAACUGCAGGGAGGCUGGAUAUUCAUUCUCUGUAUAUCUUCGAGCUGUGAAUAUUAUAGAUGGAGAACAUUGGCCAGGACCAUGGAGUGAUCCUUUGCAAAUAUCAUGUUACAAAUCAUCUUGGUAUAUUAUGGUUAUUCUUUUCGUAGCGAUUCUCACUUUUGUGAUGAUUUGUAUCGGCUGUAGAAGAUUAUACAUUUGUUGGAGCAUAGCACGACACGUUGAGAUAAAACUACCACCCGGCUUAGCUCCGGCAGUGGAACAUCCUGAAAAGAACUCUGAUAUCAUAGACAGAAACUUUGAUCAUGACCCAGACGAGGAACUUCUCCUAGAACGGAUGAUCGAAAAAUACCAUGCUGGCGAUUCUAGUGGAUGCAGUUCAGGUCAAGUAAGCAUUACUUCUUCAGUCGAAUCCACCCAUUUAUCAGUAGAUUCUGGAACUGAUCAACCAAGAAACGUUGCUGAUGAUAAUAAAGAAAAUUCAUUGAGACAGAGGAAUGUUUCCCUUAAAGGAUACGUAAUGCAUGAUGCUGCACCUGUGGUAAAUCGAGCAACAAAACCAGUUGCGACCCCACCUGGAAACUACUGCUUAAUUGGAGUAGAUCCAUCAACAAAAUCGCCCAUAGAUAGCCCUUACGUCACGAUUAAUGAUCUAGAUCAGAGUAUUUCUCCAUAUAUAGCUAUUGAUCAACCAUCAAGUGCACCUCCUCCGUACACCAUGACAGAUAUCUUUAAAGUACCAAACCCGGGAUACGUGCCAUUUUCCCCCAAAGAACCAGCGAGUAAAAAUACCGGUUAUGUAGUCGCUGGCGACUUAACAUCUGUCCCCGUUCCUGAUGCUAAGACGGAUUACUUGGUGAUGGAUACACAAGUGGGAUUAAAACCCACGACAGUGUGGCAGCAGCCCUCUAUAAUAGAGCCUUCUCUUACUAAAUCCGGGUAUGUUACAGUAGGAGAUGCACCCCCGCCAUUAUCCGUUAAGGAUCCUAAAGGAUAUGUGUCUCAUAGACAAUUUGAAUCUAAAGCCUUGAAAGAAGACUAAUUAGUGUUGCAAUAAACUAGAUUGUUAUUUUAAUAAUUUUAUUUAGCCGUAAAAUAAUUAUGUUAAUUUUGUUAAGAAUAUUAAUGGAGGUAUGUUUUUGUUUCAAUUGUUGAAUGAGUACGUAUGUUUUAAAAUAAUGACAGUAACUUACUAUAAAAGUGAAAUACAUAUCAGAGAAACAAAUAUAGUUAUAGGUUAUUAUUAAUCCGAAUAAGUUUGUCAUUAAAUCUCAAGAAUUUUUACUUUUUGGUGACAAAAGGAAACAAAUUUGAUUUCAUGAUCUGUAGUAAAAAUCAAAAUUAUAAAGUUUUUACAAAUUUUAUCAACAAAUCAAUAUUUUACAUGCUUAUAAUGGAAUAAAUUAUAUAAAGUAUAUCAUCCGCCACAAAAAUAAGAGUCACUGGAGACUACUUUUCAGCUCUUGGUAUAUCUAAAAGAGUUGACCAUUAUUAUUGGUGGUCUUAAAUGGACAUGUUGGUGCAAUGUAGGAGUCAAAAGGACCUAAAGCGAAAUAAGUACUCUAACACAGAACUAAAAUUACGCUGUAAUUCGUCAGAGUUUCACACGUUCUGUAAAAUACAACUUUACUAUUUCGAAUACUGUUUACUACCACUACUCCCAACACUCACAAUUACUCUGUCUGGCCUUAGUAGUGGUAAUUAACAUGAAACAGUCAUGGAUAUAUCAACUAAUAGAUACAAGUCAGACCAAAAGUAAUCUGGAAUGUAAAAUUAGAGAUAAUCCUGUUUAUUAUGAAUAUAUUGUUAAUAUUUGAGGCGUUCUAUAUCAAAACUUGCAUUAUCCAUUGAGAAAGUAAAGAAAAACUGUCUAUGUUUGUAUUAUUAAUAAUUUGUUACUGAUUUUUCUUAUAUACCUUAAUAUGAAAAGCAUGAAUAAUCUCCAAUAGUCAAUUUAUGGCACACCUAUAUAUACUAUAAAUCUAGAAAGACUUUUACAUUGGUCAUAAAUUACUAAAAAGGUUACUGAAACAAUGUGAAUAACAAGACAAUAAUCACGUGAUACCAAAUCAUGUAUUUUCAUUGGGUAACCAUUUAUAAUAUACAGAAUAUGGUGUUUUGUUCUCCAUGGGUAUUUAGACCACCAAAUUGUAUAUUAUAAGGCGAAUUUUGAUAUGGGAUGCCUCAUUUAUAUUAAGCAAGUUAUCGUCUUUAGGUUACCUGAAGAUGAUAACAGGGUUCUCGAAACAUACAUCAGACAAUGAUUAUAGUGGUAUUGAACUUUGUUCAGUAUGAUACACCAGAAAUUUCUAAUACUUGGAAAUCGUAGGUAGUUAUAAUUACACUGUUGAUUUAAUUUGUAAAAUUUUUUAACCAUAUAUUCUGUAAAAAAAUAAAACAGGAUAUUUGACAGAUUUCUACUACAAAAAUUUUUUUAUUAAAUUCUCACAUGCAUUUAGUAACAUCUUGUGAAUUUGUGAAAACUGUGAUUCGUUAUACAUGGAACUAUUAUUGUUAUUAAUUUGCCUAUUCUUGCCUUAAUAUAACUGUAUAUUGAAAAAAGUUGAGCUCAUAUUAUUAUAUACAUUGGUUGAUGUAAGGUUACUUGACAUUUGAUGUAAUUCUGUAUUAAACUGUCAAUCAAUUAAAAUUCAAAAUCCGAGUUGUUAGUUUCGAAGUGAAAAUUUUCCUUUUUAGCAUAACCUCAUUUGUUCUUAACCAAAUUAUACGAUAAUUAUUCUUUAAAACUGUAAAUAAGUAAAAUUUUUUCAUUGAUAAUGAAAAAUGUUAGUAAAUUAGGAGUUUUGUACAUAUAUAGCGUUAGGAAUUUUUCCCCGAAAGGCAGAACUGCGUGAAGAAGUUGUGUCGUGCCUUGUACAUGACUGAAAUGUUGAAACGAAAAAGGCAUCGUGGUUUUGUUAUGUUUAUAAAAAAACAAACUUGCCAGAAUUAAUUUUAGCUGCUUAACGUUUUAAAUGGAAGAUAUCUCUUUCUGAUAUUGUAGCAUCUGCUGCAUUGAUUUUUUAAACCUUUAAAUAAGUUAAAAUGAAAAUUUUAUAAUUAGCAAGCAUUAUAUGUAACAUGCAACUUGUAGGUUUAUAAUUUAUUCCAUAUUCCUUGGCAAAAUUAGGAAGGUCUAUAUUUACAAGUCGAAUACAGAUGCAUAUUGUUUUUUAUAUUAAUAUUGCCCUUUUGCAAUAAAAGUUAUUAAAAUUAAAAGCCAUUAGGUAUCGAAAAUGCAUUUAUGUAUUCUUUUCAGUGUUAUUGUAAAUUUUAUGUGUAUGUGCUAUUGUUUUGUAUAAUAUAAAUUUUUUUAAUAUCUUUGUUUCGUUCAACUUAACUUGGUUUUUCUUUAAACUAAAUAUACAGCUUCUGCUAUUCAUAUACACACAACUUUUUUGUAACCUCAAAAUUAUAUAGAAAUUAACAAAUUAGGUGAACAUUUUAUUGUUUAUAAGAAACUCUAAAACUUGAAUCAAAAUUAUGUAUGACCUUGCAACGCUGCUGUUAUCCAAUUACUUAUUUUUCCUGAUGUAAAGAUGUUUUGUUUGCGUAAUUUGAGAUCAUUUAGACUGAAAUUUAAAAAUUUCUUAACAAAUGUGGACAAUUUAAAGGCAACAACGCGAUACUGGAAAAACUAAAUUAAUAAUUGUUUAAAUAAAAUGUUCAGAUUUUUUAGUUGACUUUGUGUUCAAAGAACGAGAUGUAUGUGGAUAGCAACACUGUAAAUAUGAUUUGAGGUUAAUAUUGUUGAGAAUUUGUGGUAGGAUGGUGAACCAUACACUGCCUUUAUAAAUGUUUGACUUCAACUCACACUCCCUUCACUAAUUUUUCAGUUAUUCAGAGUCUUACCUUAAUUAUUCAAUUUUUAUUUGUUCCGGUGGAGUAUGAUUCGGAAUUUACAAAUAUUUUUGCUUAUAAUCAGUUGGGAAAAUUAUUUUUACGUCACAGUUGAUGCUAUUUUAGGUACAAUUACAUAUAAUUGUUAAUUUCAGCAGGAAACUCAACUUCACGUUAAAUAAAUGCAUUAUUUUAUUAAAAAGUCUAUUUGACAAGUAUUGUGCAUGAAAUUUAUUAGCGAUAUAUUUUUUUAUUUUUUAAAAUUAUAUUUUUACAAAAAAUCUCAGUGCUAUGAUUAGUAAUUAAAAUUUAUUUAUUGACAACAUAACAUUUAUUGUUCAAUUUGUUAACUACAAAUUAUUUAAUAUUUUCUACCACCAGUUUUACUAAAUAAAUUGUUGUUUAAUUUCUUUUAAUCAGUAAAUUCAGUUCUUAAAUAAAAUAAAUAUGCUCAAAACAAAUAUAUAACACGUGCCAAUUUGUCUUUGCUACCAUAUUAACGUUCAUUAGAACUUGAUGUGUGUUGUCAAUUUUUUAUGAUUUUUCUGGAAUAAAUAUUUUGCUGGACCUUAGUAAGUUUAAUCGUCCAUUUUGUCGCAAUAAUUUAUUUUUGAUUGGUUUUGGUGCAAUAUAACAAAAUUUGUGAUUUUUUUUUCUAAUUGUCAACCUGUGAUAAAAUGAUGAUAAAAACAACAAAUAUUAGUGCUGCUUACACUUCAAAUUAUACAUCUCUUAGUGUACCUUUCAGCAAGGCUCAGAAGCUCUAAAUAAUUAUGAUUUUAAUUUACCGAUUCAAUCUUGAUGUUAAAAAGUUGAACAUUUCUUUGUUUAACAGACAACAUAAUUCAAUGUCUUUUGUGUGAUAUCAAAUAUACUGUGUAAACAAUGGAACUGUUUUCAACUAGUGUCGAGAACCAUGUCGAGUGUUGUUGCUCAUAACAUCUUUAGUAUUUAGAUUUUGAAAAGUUAUACUAUUCAACACUUUUUUUUUUAAAUAAAAACAUUGAAUUUUAUACAUACUACUAACUCGAUAUUGGUUUUCACGUUGGGUAUUAUUGCCUCGUUUAGGUUCAUAUUGAUCACUUCAAAUUUCUAUGUAGUAAUUAGAUUUUAAUCUGUAUUUGAAUGUAUAAUCAGUUCAUGUUCCUUUUUAUUUUAAUAAAUAUAUCAUACACUCAAUCAUGUCGUUCAUUUACCU